AUGCAGCCCACAACUCCCGUUGUUACACCCCCACCCGUCGUCACCACUCCCCGUAUCACCACUCCUCGAGUGACCACCCAAGUCGUCACCCCACCCCCAGUGGUAGUGACCACAACACCACAGGUGACUACUGUGACAACUACACCAGCGACGCUUCCCCCGCCUUCGAUGUCGGAGGACACCCAGACCAUUUCGCAGACUGUUAUACGGCCCGUUGUUACUACGAGGGUUAGUGUGACGCCUGAUGUGUCGGGCACGUCACUACCGGGACUGACGGGAGGGUGUUCGACCACGAGUAAGAGUGGUGGCGUGUCGACGCUCGUGGUAGCGUUGUCUGUGGUAUUAGGCAUGCUGGUUGUGAUUUAA